AUGUCGGAUCAGGAGGACCUAGGCCUGGCUCUGAAAGGAUUGAAGAUCAGUAAACGGGUUGCGAGCGGUGGCAAUCAAAAUAUAGAAUCUGAACAGAUAGGGUUGGGCAUUGAUUAUUCUGAAUCAAAAAGUCAAGAUGAUGCUCAGAAAUCUUCUGAUGAUGAACACAAUGAUAUCUCGGAUGAUGAGAUUGAUUUUGGAUAUAUACCGAUGAAUGAAGUUGUAAGUGCUUCUACUUCUGACGAUGAUAGUGAUGGAUCUUCUUCCGAUAGCCAUAUAGAUGGAGAUAAUGAUGAAUACGAUAGCUCUAAUUCUGGAAAUAGGAAUACCACAAUUACUGGACCUUAUGGUGUGGAAGGAGUGGUAAACACACCAGAAACACCUAGUUUAUCAGAUAUUACACCGAUCUCUCAUGAGACAAAUAAUAGUGAGAGCGAUUCUAGUGAUGAUGGGACAUGGCAGGAGAUGCCUACGAUAUCAUCUUACAAUAUCUAUGGUCAAAAGGGUGAAGUCGAGCUAAGCAAUUUAGAUUCAGUGGAAAAUCAUUCAACGGCAACUACUGUCACAAAUGAUAGCAAACAGAAAGUGUUUGCUUAUACCAAAAUUGCUGGCGAACAACAAGCACAACGUUCAUAUGUGACCAAUACCAAAACGGAUUUUCUGUUUGAUCAUAAGCGGUUGAAGAAAAUAAAUGAUAGUUCAAUGUCUCUUUCACAUAAAUCAAGCACGGUUUCACUACAAUCUAAAGAAGAUUAUGACGAAUUUGAAGAUGGAAUCGACCCAAUAGAUGAUAUAAACCCGGAAGCACAAUUAAAUGUUACAAAACUGCUAUUAAACGAUAUGGAAAAAUUUGCAUACGCUGCUGCUGUUAAUGUAUUAGUAAAUCAACUUUGUACUGACCUUGCUACUCUCUGUUUAUGCGUGGAUAUCAAAUCACACAAGAAACUUGCCAAAAGAUUACAAUUCACUCAAAAAGAUAUGGCUGCUUGGAAAACUGUGACCUUACAGAGACUAUAUGAUCACCUUGAAAUUAGUGAUGAAGAAAUAAAAAUGCUAGAAAAAGUUUCUCUACAUAAACUAAAACUUGAUGACCUUUGCAAAUGUCUAAAAACAACUCAGAAUAUUGAAAAUCCAUGGGAACACAAGACUAGCAAUAGCGAAAACGAAGGGGAUGAUUCAGUAAAUUAUAAUGAUAACAGUUCCUCUGUCACGAAUAAUGAGAAUAAUGAGUCUGUAUCUUCUCAAAAUGUCACAAGUAAACUUUCUCAGAAUACUGCAAUUGACGACAGCACAGCCAAAGUACCCAACAACAGAGAGAAUGUUAAAACUCCUGCCGGCCCAGUAAACUCUGCAAUCAAUGAAGAAAGUUUGGAUUUCAUUCAAAAGAACAGCAGCAUUAGUAUUGUGGAGCCAGACAAUGAAAUGAAAAGCAACGAUAACGACAAUAGAACAACAGCCCCCAAUAAAGUAAUAAACCCAGAGAAUAUUAGCGAUAGAGAUAAGCUUAAUGUUGAUGUGGCUUGGACUAUAAUUUGCGAUUUAUUUUUGGUACUCCUGCAAAAUUCUACUUAUGAUUCAAGAUCAAGGACGCUCCUAAUCAAAUUUGCUGAAGCACUAAAAAUAACAAAAAUUGAGGUUUGUGAAUUUGAAAAGCGCGUAACAGAUUCCUUAGAUUUAGAACAGUCAACUGAUGAUCAGGUUUGGGAUGAACAAGAUCACAUGAAAGAUAGAAGAAAGAAGAGAAAAAGAAGAAAAAUGGCAUAUGUUGGUUUAGCUAUGGUCGGUGGAUCCCUUGUACUUGGUUUGAGUGGAGGAUUACUAGCACCGGUAAUUGGUGCCGGUAUUGCUGCUGGGUUAUCCACAAUCGGAGUAACAGGUGCUACAGGAUUUUUAACAGGUGUCGGUGGGACAACAAUUGUGGCACUAUCAAGUACAGCUAUUGGAGCCAAUAUCGGUGCCAGAGGUAUGUCAAAAAGGAUGGGCAGCGUUCGCACAUUUGAAUUUUUACCUCUUCACAAUAAUAGACGAGUUAAUCUAAUAAUUAAUGUAUCUGGUUGGAUGGUUGGUAAUGAUGAUGAUGUUCGUCUGCCGUUCUCAACAGUAGAUCCAGUUGAAGGAGAUCUGUUUUCUUUAUAUUGGGAACCAGAGAUGCUGAAGUCCAUGGGUCAAACGAUAGGUAUUGUUGCGAGCGAAGUAUUUACACAAACAAUCCAACAAGUGUUAGGUGCUACAAUUUUGACCGGUCUAAUGUCCGCCAUUCAAUUACCUAUGGCAUUAUCUAAAUUAGGUUACAUUUUAGAUAAUCCAUGGAAUGUGUCUUUAGACAGAGCAUGGUCAGCUGGUCUGAUCCUUGCUGAUACAUUAAUUGGUAGAAAUUUAGGUGAAAGACCUGUGACUCUGAUAGGAUUCUCCCUUGGGGCCAGAGUUAUUUUAUCGUGCUUAGUUGAACUUUGCCGAAAAAAUGCCCUUGGAAUUGUUGAAAAUGUAUUUAUCUUUGGUACUCCUGUCGUAAACAAAAAAGAUCAGCUGGUUAUGGCUAGAUCUGUAGUGAGUGGCAGAUUUGUUAAUUGUUAUUCGGAUAUUGACUGGCUUUUAGCUUAUCUGUUCAGAGCAACCGCAGGUGGCUUCCGCUCUAUCAUGGGUAUAUCACCAGUUGAAGGUAUAGAAGGGAUUGAUAACUAUAAUUGUACUGAGAUUGUCGAUGGUCAUUUAAGUUAUCGUAGCAAUAUGCCCAAACUAUUGAAAAAGCUUGGAAUUGCUGUACUCAGCGAAGAAUUUGCUGAGAUAGAAGAAACGGUGGAUCCAGACGAAUUUAAAAGAAAAAGGAAACUAAUUAAUGAUGUUGAUGCAGCACAAAAGAAAUUGAGUGAGAAAAAGAAAUCAAAUGGUUGGGUUUCUAAAUGGCUGAAACCGAAAAAGUCCAAAUGGCAAACAAUGGUAGAGGAAGCCGUUGAAGAAGGUAGAGAUAUUUCAGAGUCGCCGUCACAUGAGGCCAAAAUUAAGAAGAAGAAAGAUGGCGCAAUUGUUGACCAUGGUGCUCUUCUGCAUGAAUUAGAAGUACUUAAAGCGGCAAUGAAGGCUGAAAGAGAAAAACAGGGUAGCUCGGAAGAAUUAAAUACUCAAUCUCUUCCAUCUGAUGUAGUAGCUUUAGAAUCAGAGAAAACAAAUUCAGAUAAUCUGCAUUUGAACGCUGAUACAUUCCCAAACCUAGCACCAAAAUCACCGCAAACUCCUAAUUCUUUUCAAUUAUUAAGUGCUGGAAAAACAAUUUUACCCGACGAUGACCCAGCAGCACAUCUCAAAAAGAAUGUCGAAUAUUCAUUUCCUGAUGAUAUAUAA